AUGACUGUAGAAUUAUCUACUUCUCCGCCGCCUGUUGUUGAUACUCCUAUCAAUGAAGAUAUUAUUAUUCAUAAAGUUGCUUUUGUUGGUAGUAUAAAUUCUGGUAAAACUACUCUUAUUAAACAAAUAUUAAAGCUUAAUAGAACAGGUAGAUUAGAAUAUUCUGGAUUAUCUAAUAGUUCUCAAGUUAAUAGAAAAGUUGCUUUACAGAUGUCUGAGUAUUCUGAGUUACCUGCUGAUGAUCUUGAUACUGAUGCUGUUGUUUUCUGUGUUUCUCAUAAAAAAUUAAGAGAAAUUGUUAGAGAUGGUACUUUUGAGGAUAAAUAUAUUGAUGAUGCUUUAUAUAGAUUAAAGAAACAAAGACAAAUUAUUAUUUUAUGUGCUACAAUGACUGAUAGAGGUCCUAUUUCUGAUUAUCUUGAAGGAAUGAAUUCUACCAGAAGAGAGGCAGAUAUUGUUGCUAUUAAAUACAGAAUAAGUACUUUUUUAUUAGUUAGUAAAUACAGAAGGACAAGUAUUAAUGGAUUAGUAAAUGAAAUUAUUAGAGCUGCUGAAACUGAUAAAGAAAGUAUUGUUGAGGAGGUUUGUUGUCCUUGUUUAUUUCCAAAGGGUUGUUUUUGA